AUGAACCAGGAGUAUUACGGCAUGGAGUUCGAAGUAGGCAAUCCCCCUCAGCCAUCUUUUCUUAAAAUCGAUACUGGUAGCCCCACGAUUGGCUUCAUCUCGCCGCGCAGCAACAUGUGCCUGCGACCGGAGGCUCCGUGUGAUGCUCUGGGAACUUACGACAACCUCACUUCGUCAACAGCGGUGGUGGCAUUCCCAGGCAGCUAUCCCAACUACAGCGAUGGCCUGCUCGACGGCGGCAGAGGUAUCUUCGUCAAUGACACGCUUCGAUUUGCGGGCGUUUCCGUUGAUGGCCUUGUUCUUGGAUCGACCGAUAGCUUCAACCUCGAUGUUCGGCUGUCGCAGUCCAACCCGUUUGCAGGCAUCAUGGGCUUGAACGCCUUGUGCUUCACUGGACCUCGGUGUGACGUCUACCCGACUUUGGUUCAACAGCUUUCGGACCGUGAUAUUCUGAAGACUCGUGCGUUCAGCAUCUACCUAGGCCAGGAUGAACCGCACGCAACUGGCCAUCUUCUCCUGGGCGGUGUGGACGAAGCUAAGAGAGAUGGGCCCGUCUUCACACAGAAACUAGACUCGCCAUGGGAGAUUGAGUAUUCGUCUUUUACACUGGACAAGGGUGGAGAGAAGAUGGUGUGGCCUAUAGAACCCGGAAAUACAGUCAGUUGGGACACAGGCGCGGCCUAUUUUGGUCUUCCGACAGCUGUGUUUAACGCUGUUGCCGCCGUCCUUGAGCUUCCCGCAAACGUCACCUCGACUCAGGAUCCGUACGAGGUGGACUGCAAGCACCGCGACAUUGUUGACACCGUCCUUGAAGUCGGAUUCCCGGGCGACGGAACCAUCAAAAUACCCGUGGGUCGCCUGGUCACAACGCUCGACUCCGGCAAAUGUGUCACUUAUGCACUGAAUGGAGUUGGUGGCUCAGGGGAGACGGAUUUUGCAACCAACUUUGGAGCGCCUUUCCUUCGCAGCGUUUAUGCAACUUACAACCUGGACACUCUGGAGCUGACUUAUAGCCAAGUGAAGUAUACAGAUGAGGAGCGGAUUGUGGCGAUUUCCGCGGCUGAUUAG